AUAAAAAGAUAAGUUGCAGCCUUUACUUAGUUUAAAAAAUUAAAAUGUUGUAUUAAGAGAGUGAUAAAACAUAAAUCUUAAGCCCUGAUAAGUAAUUUCUCAUAAGAAUAACGUUAAUAUCAUAUAAUCACAGAUUUCCAGCCAUGUUGGACUUAGAUGACUUCAAAACUGUGACCCCAGAUGAUUUGACCGCCGCUUUGGGUUUUCAAAUUUAUAAAGAGUUGAGUAAAGAAGAACAAGACGCCGUUUUCAAACCUAUUUAUGAUGAAGACCUGCAAGUGUUUUAUUUAAUGAAAAAUGAUAAAGCCUAUGUUCCCGCUCUCCACACAAAGGAAAUUAACUUUGAAGCACUGAAUGCCUUGGAAGAAAAACUAAAGGAACACAAAAUAUUUCUGGCCAUUGUAGACAAUACAAUCAAUAUAUUAUAUUACCAAAUCAGCGAAGGUCUCAGCGAUAAACCAGUUAACUCCAAAAACUCCAUUUAAAUAAUAGCGAUAGAU